AUGAGCCAUUAAUAAAACUCAGGUCUCUGGGGAAACUUCAUCAAUGCAACCUCAUAGAACGAUUACAAGGAUAUCAGUCUCAACCAAGACUUGUUCAAUAGAAUGGUAGUUCCAGCUUGCUUCUAGCAAUGUGCCAGAACUGACAUCGACGUGGUUUUCCUAAACGAAAUGGAGUGCUCUUAUAAAUGCAUGAUCACAUACAAAUAGGCAUUCCACCACCUCAAAGAUCUAGACCUUUGA